AUGCAGCCAUCCAGAUCCACAGGGAGCCCAGGGAGCUUCUCACCCCUUCCUGGGGGGUCCAGUCCCGACCUGCCACGACCGAGACCACCACCACCAUCACGACGGCAAGAGUCGGCGACGUCGACGUCCACAGCCGACGACCUGAACAUACCCAAGGCCCGCGCCGCCGCCGCGCCGUCGCCCACGCCCAUCUACACCAGCUUCACCAACAACAGCAGCACCACCAGCCUACAAAACUUCUCACGACCUACCCUAUCCACCGCCGCCGCCGCCGCCGCCGCCGCCCGGUCCUACUCUCCCGCCACCGCAGAGACAAUAUCACGAAACGGGCCCUCACCCUUGACACUCCCGCCCUCGUCGUCGGCAACAUCCCCAGCAGCAUCAUCCACCUUCUCGUCAAGGGUCGUCUCCCACGCGCGCAAGAACUCGCAGAAUGCGGGCAUGUUUGAGCCUACUCUACCUUCAACCAGCACCUCGAACCUCUCCCAAGUCGUCGUCGGCUUGCAUCACCAGCCCUCUCCCAAAAUAAGCCCGACGCCUCCUCACAGGGAAAUGUCAGCGAGCCAAAUCGCCGCCCAAGCGGCAGUGAUGAGCCACCAGCAAAACCAGCAACAACAACAACAACAACAACAACAACAAAGAAACCAAUCCCCCCACAACAACCGCCAACGAUCAUCCACCCUACCAAUGCCAAACUCAUCAGAAACAGAACCACCACCCCCCCCAGCCAAAAGAGUAAGCGGCGGACCGACAACAAUGAACCCCCCACCACCACCACCAGUCCUCAGCCUCACCGAAGCGAGCGGUCCGAGAGAAAACGCCUUUGGGGGGCAGACAUAUCACAACGGGUUACUAGGAAAUCACACGCUCGCCGCAACAGCAGCAGCCAACCUCGUCUUUCCCCGAUCGGCGCAAACCUCCCCGGGUCUACAACAAUCCAGCAUGCCUCCUCCCCCUCCCCCAGCGAGCGAGAAACCCCCCAAGCCGGAAAAAUCCAAAGUCCCCAAACUCUUCUCCCGCCCCGUCAAAAUCGGCAGCAGCAAAAGCAGCUCCGACGUGAAGGAGAAGCCGCUGCCCAGUCCAGGCAAGGGGGGUCUGCCCCAUCCGUUUGCGGGGUUGCAGAGAGGAAACUUUAGCACCACGAGUCUGGAGUCGAUGACGACGACGACGACGACGACGACGACGGGGGGGCAGAAGCAGGGGGGUGGGGGGUUGUACAGUCUGUCCAAUUCGAGUGUGGCAACGAUACGUCCUGCUGGUGAGGAGGGGAGCAAGGAAAAGGAAAAGGAGAAGAGGCACCAUUUCUUGUCGAGGCAGAAAAACAAGUUGAAGGAUGGAGUACCAUUUGCCGUUGAGCUCGGCGAUUAUUAA